GGCUCGGGAGGGUGGGCUCGGCUUGUGGGCGCUAAGGAGAGACGGAGAGGAUGUUGUACUGUUAGAGUGCAGGCCCGGAGACCGGAGGGACCCGAGUUCAAAUUCAGCCUCUGACAAUGAAUUGUGUGAACCUGGACAAGGCCCUUAGCCCCAGUUGCCUGGAGAAUUAAGGGGGAGGAGAGAGUCCGGGCUCUCGUGUAGACUCGGGCAGAAAAGGGAGCAGGGACAAGCGCGGGGAUGGCAGGGUCAGUGAGGGGGGCAUGGGGGGCAUGGGCGCGUCCUUGCACACUCAGGAGAGGGGCCCCGGGCAGGGGGGGAGGGGCUGGAGCGUCCCCCUGAGCCUUCCUCGGCUCUCCUCCGGAGGCCCGGGACCUGCCUAAGGACAUGGCGCUCCCAGGAUGCCGGCAGACUGGGCUUCCUUUAGAAUCCUCUGCAUUUUAUUGCGUGAGUCCUUCAGCGCCCCUGGCCCGGACCCUUCCCUCGAACGACUCCACACAAGAGCCUGGGUGAGCUCCGGGCGGGAGCAUCUCCGGGACGUGCCGGGGGCCCCACCCGGGGGCUCAGGACCGACCCUUCACAGCGUAGUUUUGACAACUUGCGGCGGGUGCUCGGGCGGGCCCUCCCCCGGGCGGGUGGGGGCGGGGCCGGGGCAGUGUCCUGCGGCUCUCCCUCGGGGCCUCGUCGGUAAAGAAGGGGCCCUGGCGAUCCCGGGAGCCUCUCGGGCCCCCCCUGCCCCUGUGGCGGCCCUCUCUGGGGCCGGGCCCCCUCGGCCGUCCCUCCCCCUUUCUCCCUGAGAGACCUCAGUUUUCACAUCUGUCAGACCUGCUAGUCCAGGGCCUCCCGCCACCAUAGAGAGGAGACGCGCCAGAACUAGAGCGCCGGGCUGCGCCGGGGCGGGGCCUAAGUCGGAGAGAGCAACGCCGAUGCGCACGCGCGGCUCACGCGCUGCGGGCGGCGCGCACGCACCUCUUAUUUCCGCGCUCUCAGCUGCGCGCGCAAGUACGCCCCGUUACGCCGCUGACGCACGGCUCGCGCCGUUACGCACGCACGCCCCCAGGCCCCCGUCCCGUCUCGUCCCGUCCCGCGGGCGUCGGGAGCGCGCGCGCCAGAGAAAGGGGAACGAUGGCGACUCCACUGGGCCGCUCCCGAGGCCGCUGACAAGGCGGCGGGGCCGGGGCCGGGCCGGGGCCUGCGCUGCUGCCCAGCGCCCGCGGGCCCGAGCAGCGAGGCGAGCCGGGGCUGCCAUGGUGAACACCCGGAAGAGCGCUCUGCGCCUCCUGGGCGGAAAGGCGGCCGGGUCCGGGUCCGGAGGGGCCGGCGGGGCGGCCGGCGGCACAGCCGGGUCCGGAGGCGGGCACUUCAUCUCGUCCCGCACGCGCUCCUCCAAGAGCCGCGCGGCCGGAGCCAAGGCGGGCCCGGGGGCGGCGGCGACGGCGGCCGGAGCUGGAGCCGGGGACCUGGACGACGCCCGGAAUGCUGAUGCCGAUGGCAGCUUGAGUGACAGCCACAUAUCCCCGCCAGCCAAGCGCACUCUGAAGCUCGCCGAUGCUCUCUGCAAGGACAAAUCCAAGCCGCGAAGUCCCGGCCCGCGCGAGGAAUGGAGCCUCGGAGCUGGCCAGUCCAGGUUAACUUCUCAGCCGGGUGCCGCGAUACCCAACGGCCAUAGCAGCUUAUCUCUUCGAAGCCAUCCCCUGCGAGGGGAGAAGAAAGGAGACGGGGACCACUCCUGCAUGAACGGGGACAUGGAAGUCAGGAAGAGCUGUCGAUCCAGGAAGAACCGAUUUGAGAGCGUCAAUCAGAGCUUGUUGUUCGACCAGCUUGUCAACAGCACUGCCGAGGCGGUCCUGCAGGAAAUGGACAACAUCAACAUCCGGAGGAACAGGCGGUCAGGCGAGGUGGAGAGGCUCCGGAUGUGGACCGACACCGAGUUUGAAAACAUGGACAUGUAUUCGAGAGUAAAGCGGCGGAGGAAGUCCCUGAGGAGGAACAGCUACGGGAUCCAGAAUCAUCACGAGGUGUCGACUGAGGGCGAAGAGGAAGAGUCGCAGGAGGAGGACGGCGACAUGGAGGUGGAGGAGGCCGAAGGGGAGGAGAAUGAUCGCCCCUACAACCUGAGGCAGCGCAAGACUGUGGAGAGAUACCAGGCCCCGCCCAUAGUGCCCGUUCAUCAGAAGAAGAGGGAGAACGCUCUGUUUGACAUCCACAGGUCUCCUGCCAGAAGAAGCCAUAUCAGGAGAAAGAAGCACGCCAUCCACAGCAGCGACACGACCUCCUCAGACGAGGAGCGCUUCGAGAGAAGGAAGUCCAAGAGCAUGGCCAGGGCCAGGAACAGGUGUUUGCCGAUGAACUUUAGAGCCGAAGACUUAGCCAGCGGGAUUCUCCGAGAGCGAGUUAAGGUUGGGGCCAGCCUGGCAGACGUCGACCCAAUGAUUCUGGAUAAAUCGGUGCGUUUCGAUAGUAUUGGAGGGUUGAGCCAUCACAUUCACGCACUCAAAGAAAUGGUCGUGUUUCCACUUCUGUACCCCGAAAUCUUUGAAAAAUUCAAAAUCCAGCCUCCCAGGGGCUGCUUGUUCUAUGGUCCCCCCGGCACCGGUAAGACUUUGGUGGCCAGAGCGCUGGCCAAUGAGUGCAGCCAGGGGGACAAGAAGGUGGCCUUCUUCAUGCGCAAAGGAGCCGACUGUCUGAGCAAGUGGGUCGGGGAGUCUGAGCGGCAGCUUCGCCUGCUCUUUGACCAGGCUUACUUGAUGAGACCCUCAAUCAUAUUUUUUGAUGAGAUCGAUGGGCUGGCUCCAGUGCGCUCAAGCAGACAGGACCAGAUCCACAGCUCCAUCGUGUCCACCCUCCUCGCUCUCAUGGAUGGACUGGACAACAGGGGGGAAAUUGUCGUUAUUGGUGCUACUAACAGACUGGACUCCAUCGACCCCGCGCUCAGGAGACCUGGCCGCUUUGACCGGGAAUUUCUUUUUAACCUGCCUGAUCAAAAGGCCCGGAAGCACAUUUUGCAGAUCCACACGCGGGACUGGAGCCCCAGACUGUCGGACCUCUUCCUUGGCGAACUGGCUGAGAAAUGUGUUGGCUACUGUGGCGCGGACAUCAAGGCCCUGUGCACGGAGGCCGCCCUGCUCGCCCUGCGCAGGCGCUACCCGCAGAUCUACGCCAGCAGCCACAAGCUGCAGCUGGACGUGUCCUCCAUCGUGCUGAGCGCGCAGGACUUCCACCACGCCAUGCAGAACAUCGUGCCUGCCUCCCAGCGCGCCGUCACCUCCUCGGGCCACGCUCUGUCACCCAUCAUCAGGCCUCUCCUGGAGAGGAGCUUCAACCACAUCCUCUCUGUGCUGCACAGAGUGUUUCCUCACGCCGAGACUGGCCAGGGGGAUCGACGAGAAGACGUGCAGAGCCUCCUCCUCGAGGACAGUGACGAUGAGAACGCUUUGUCGAUAUUCGAGAGCAGCUGCCCCUCCGGCUCACCAAAGAAACCGUCCCCCACUGUCGCCCCCAAGCCCUACCUGCAUUUCUGCACGUCAGCCUCUCAGCAGCCCACAUCCUACAGGCCCCGCUUGCUGCUCUCUGGAGAGAGGGGCUCGGGGCAGACCUCGCACCUGGCUCCUGCCCUGCUGCACACCCUGGAGAAGUUCUCGGUGCACAGACUCGAUCUCCCUGCGCUCUAUUCAGUCAGUGCCAAAACACCUGAGGAAUCCUGUGCCCAGAUUUUCCGGGAAGCGCGGAGAACGGUCCCCAGCAUUGUUUACAUGCCCCACAUCGGCGACUGGUGGGAAGCCGUCAGCGAGACUGUGCGCGCGACCUUUCUGACUCUCCUGCAGGACAUACCAUCCUUCUCCCCUAUAUUUCUCCUGUCUACCUCUGAGACCAUGUACAGUGAACUGCCGGAGGAGGUUAAAUGUAUAUUUCGGAUCCAGUAUGAAGAAGUCCUGUAUAUUCAGAGGCCCAUCGAAGAAGACAGACUCAAGUUUUUCCAGGAGUUGAUUCUCACCCAGGCAUCAAUGCCUCCGCCAAGAAGGAAAAAAGCUGCUCUGUACGCCAUGGAGGUGCUGCCUCUGGCGCUGCCUUCUCCUUCCCGCCAGUUGUCGGAAUCGGAAAAAACCCGCAUGGAGGACCAGGAGGAGAACACCUUGCGAGAGCUGAGGCUGUUUCUCAGGGACGUGACCAAGCGGCUGGCCACAGACAAGCGCUUUAGCAUCUUCAGCAAACCGGUGGAUAUUGAAGAGGUGUCCGAUUAUCUGGAGGUGAUCAAGGAGCCCAUGGAUCUAUCCACUGUCAUCACCAGAAUUGACAAACACAGCUAUUUAACUGCUAAAGAUUUCCUGAAUGACAUCGAUCUCAUUUGUAACAACGCGCUAGAGUACAACCCAGAUAAAGACCCCGGAGACAAGAUCAUCAGGCACCGGGCCUGCACCCUGAAGGACACAGCCCACGCCAUCAUCGCCGCCGAGCUCGACCCGGAGUUCAACAAGCUCUGUGAGGAGAUCAAGGAGUCCCGGAGGAAACGAGGCUUGCCGGUCACCGCGGAGCAAGUCAGCCCCCCCGACUCUGUGGCGCGCAGGGCGGAAACGAGAGCGGAAGAGGCGCUGCGCAAGCAGAGACACCCCAUGGACGGCUGGCCCCACGCCGCGAACAAAUGUGCCUUUCGAGUGCGGCGGAAAUCUCGGCGGCGCUCGCAGUGGGGCAAGGGCAUCAUCAAGAAGAGGAAGGCCAACAACCUGAAGAAGGAAGAGGACGACGGCAAGUUCACCGACUACGAUGGCCCGGCCGCGAGCGGGAAGCUGCUCGAGAACGGCGAGUUCGAAGUCAGCCCAGACGGCCCCGAGAAUGGAGAGGAGACGGGCGACCUCUCCAUGACCAACGAUGAGUCCUCCUGCGACGUCAUGGACCUGGAGCCGGAGCCCCAGCUGGACAACGGCCCCCGCGCCUCCACCGAGGAGGAGAGCUCCAACGAGUCCCUGCCGGCCAACAGCAGCGUGCCCGGCCCGGGGCCCCAGGGCGAGGCCCUCCCCGGCGCGGGCGGCUGCCUCAACGGCGAGGCCGCCAUCGACGGCCCAGAGAGCCCCCGGGGCCUGGCCGCUGCCGCCUCCCCGCGAGAGCCGCGGGCCUCUCUGGAGGAUCGGCCGAAGGAGGCGGCUGAGGCAUCCCGGGAGGAGCCCGCCGGCGACGCCGACAAGCGCCCCCCAAGCCUCGGCGAGGAGAGGGCCGAGCCUGGCACAGACCCCGAGGGGAAAGAGGCCGAGCCUGACAAAGAAGGUGCUGCUCGGGGCAAGAGAUGCCGGAAGCUCGUCUUGGAGCCGUCCCGCGCGGCCAGCCUGGACCUGGUGCCAGAGGAGCCCCUGGAUCCCGCGCCCCCCCUCAUUGUGGACCAUGAGCGGCUGAAGAAACUGCUGGAUCUGCUGGUCAAGAGGAGCAAUAACUUGGCUGUGGACCAGCUGGAGAGGCUGUACUCGCUGCUCAGCCAGUGCAUCUACCGCCACCGCCAGGACUACGACAAGUCCCUGCUCGUGGAGGAGAUGGAAAGAACCGUCCGCCUGUUUGAGACGUUCCUCUGAGCCCGCCGCCCGCUCUCCUCUGCUUCCCCCACGCUGCUCGUGAGGGCGGGCGGGCGGGCGGGCAGCCUUCUCUGAGCCAUUCACUUUGUGAUUGCACCAAGCCUGCGCGGGGCCCCGGCCCGGGCCGGAGCGCGCCGCCCUCUCCCCCUGUUGCAUUUGGUGCUAUUGUCUCAGGUACCUGAAACCAGCCAGCCUACAAGAACCAAACCGAACUUCAGGCACAUGUUGUAUUUUCCAGACGCAGAAUACAGCAUCACCGCGUGGAGAUUUUGGUGCUACAGAAAUUAUGCCCCCUGUGCCCCGCCCCGUGCGGCGGGCAGACCAGCUGGCGCGAGGCGGCGGGCCGGGGCGGUGCCAGCCACGUGGGGUUCCGGGCGUAGUGGGCAGCCGUGGGUCUCGUCUCCCCCUCCCCUUUGUUUCUCUUCCGCACAGUGGCUCCGGUGUGUUCUGGUGGGACGUGGGGAUGUCCGCAGGAGGCGAUGAGAAGAAGGGGCUCUCCUGGACCGCUUUUAAUGUGCCUUUUAAUUCAGUGGAGAAAGAGAAGGCUACGGAGGGGGGAAGUUGGUAGCAGACGAGCCCCUGCGAGAGCCUCGAGGGAAGGGGGGGGCCGAUGUGGCCCCCCGGGCCCGGCGGAGGAGGCUCCACACAGAGCCACCCGAUUGACCAAAAUGGCGAGCCCUCUUUCCCAGAGGGUCUCUUUCUUUUCUAGAAAUGUCCCAUUGGGGAAAAAAGCAAAACAAAACCCUUUUCCACACUCCCUGCUGACCACGAUGACCAGAAGGUCAUCGGCCCUGGCUCCCCACGUUCUCUCUGUGGUGUCUCUAGCGGUUGUCCGAGACGAGCGAAUUCAGACCCCGUUCCAUUGGAGCCGGGACUCGCCGGGUGGACGGAGUGGAGGGUGCGCCGUGAGCGUCAUCCGCGGCUCUUUUCCACGCGGCCCGGUCGAGGCACAGACAGUAUUAAUUGGAAAUCAAUUCUCCCAUCUUUCCCCCCUCCAAAAAUAAAAUUGAUUUGGGCCCCUUUUGGAUCGAUCUCGUUCACAAGUCGGUACAGAUUGUAGCUCUCGAGAAGCGCGUCGUGGGUCUGGGAAGCGGCUGGUGCCCGGUGCUCAUCUCCCCGCGCCCAGACCGGCUGCCCGGGGUCACCUCCUCCUCCAUCAGCGCCAUUCACCCCCAGGUGCAUCUUUCCCAUAUAUGCAACACGUGGCGAGCGUGGGUUUCCUGCGCGCGGUCGGGCUGGGACGGCUGCAGAGGUGUGGGGCUACCUCAGCUUUUUGUAUUUUACGACCACCAGUGUUUACAGAGCCCGGUGGGCCCCGACUGCCAUGGCUGAGGGCGCCCCCGGGAGCCCGGUCUGAGAGCAGCGGAGGAGCAGGCGCGCGCCGCAGGUGUGGAUGAAUGCAGAAGGUGGCUCGUCUGUGCCCCGUUCUCCCCUCUGAAAAUGCCACUUGUUCCCACGACCCCUCUUCCCAGGAGACUCUAAGACUUUGUAGCAUUCGUCCUGUGUCCGAGCACUGUAUUUUGUAGGUGGGCAAGUGCGAUUAAAAGUCGACCCUUUGAAGAGGGGGUUCCGGGCUUGCUCCCGUGGGGUUCCCAGGAGGCCUGUCACGCUCUCUUGAGUAUUUCUGACUGUCCCGCCUGUUCCAAACACUUUCUUGUCUAACAUGUUCCCGUUUUGUAUUUUGAUGACAAUUGUUACAGACUUUGGAGAUUUGAUGAAAUAAAAUGUAGCAGAUUUUUGUAGCAAGUUUCUGGUAAAAGGGGCGGGGGCGAGUCUCAGGUUCUUGCUGCAGUAUUUUUGUUAAGCUCGAUUCCCGUUUCCCUAACUCGGAAGCGUUCGUUCUGCGCACGGCGGGACCGCGGGCUUUCCGGGAGUUAUCGGUUUGUACGGACCAGAUUCUAGCCAUCGUGAGUUGGACAAGGGGACUGUAGGAUGCUUCCAAAAGAUCAAGUUUCUUUGUUUCUCUGUUCGUUCUUUCGUUUGUUUGUUUUCAUUUUAAUCUAACCCUUAGAUGGAGUUAUGGGAUGGAGAAAUGGGGGAGGUGAGGCCGGCGGGAUGGGAACGGCCCCCCUCCCCCCACCCGAGGGGACGCGGUCUUUGUCAGAAGCCCCACCACGCGCUUCGUUUCCGUCAGACGCUGAGAAGUUCCAGCGUGAAAAGCAGCCAGCAGAGCUCGCCGAGCGGGCUCGCCGCGGCUUCCCAACACGAGCCGGACCUUCGCCGCGCAGUGGCCGGCGAAGACUUUGUGCAAAUUCACCUCUGCUCUCGCUUCCUCUUGUGAAAAUUGCAACCGAUCAGCUCGCUCUUGGGUCUGUCCAGCGGGUGACCCAGGACGGCCGCCCCACGUGGUCGCUCCCAGUGGCGCGGGAGCCCACGGCCAGGGCUCUCCCCUGGCAUCGAUUUGGGUUGUUGCGUCCUUUGUAUGUUACUUGAUUUUUUUUCUCAUAUGCCAAUGUAUUUAUAGGUUUACUGGGUUUCUUUGGGGGGUGGGCGGGGGGGGUCGUGGUAAUACCUUGUCUUCCCAUUCCUUGGUUAAGUUUUCGGCGAAUCGGCCAUGGAGCCAUCCGGCUGGCCGCUUCGGCGCCGGGUUCUGUAGCCAGAUCCCGUCGUCGUCAGCCUCAGUACAAUUCUUCUUUGUAAUCACAAAGUAAGCUUGAAUUCGGGCCUGUUCUUGCAUCUUUCGUAUUUUACGCGUUGGGUUCCUUAGACUCUGGGCGUCCCGUUGUUCGCUUCUGUCCCCGUUGUGUCUCCUCGGAGCGCUGAGCAGACUCCGCGCGUGGCGGUCUCCUCGGGGUCCCGUAGCUCGAUUCGCAGUUGUGUUCAAUGGCUGUUUUGCAUUCUGACUUCAUUUGACAUUAGUUGGAAGUAAAUUAUUUAAUUUUUGGAACUUCUGGAACUUUGAACAUUUACUGUAAUUUGUAAUAUACCUGCUGUGAAAUACUUGAAUAAAGAGGACAAGAAAAA